AACUACGACUACAUACAAUACAAAACUACACUUCCCAGAAUUCCACAGCCUUGAGCAACCUAGUGGUUGUUGUGAGGUCAUAGGAGUGAGGGUUUUAAACGGCUUUAGGACCCAGAAAGUGAUGGUAAAAAGAGGCGGAGAUUGCAAGAGAGAGAGGAAGUCAAGGCGGGAGAGUUAUAGUCCUCUACUAGUCCUCUGGCUUUUGGAGCGCUGCUCUUGCAAACCCAGAUAUUUGUACCUUAGAAUCUCCAAAUCAGUAAGAAUGGCUUCCAGUCCAAGUGUACUUAUGCGCCUUGUGGCCUCAGCUUAUUCCAUAGCUAAUAAAGCAGGAGUAAUUGUCAGAAAAGUGAUGGCUGGAGGAGAUCUGGACAUAGUAGAGAAGUGUGGAGCUAAUGACCUGCAGACAAAAGCUGACCGACUGGUCCAGAUGAGCAUCUGUUCCUCUUUGGCACGGAAGUUUCCUAAUGUGACAAUAAUUGGAGAGGAGGAUCUUCCUUCUGAAAAAGUAGAUGAAGAGUUACUCGAGGAUGGCCAAUGUGAAGAAAUACUAAAGAAAGCCUGCCCACAGCAGUAUGCUGCCAUCAAAGAGGAAGAGCUUGUUGUAUGGGUCGACCCUCUGGAUGGAACCAAAGAAUAUACUGAAGGACUUCUAGACCAUGUUACAGUUCUUAUCGGAAUUGCUUAUGAAGGAAAAGCUAUUGCAGGAGUCAUUAACCAACCCUAUUAUAAUUAUGAGGCAGGAGCAAAUGCGGUCCUAGGCAGGACAAUCUGGGGCAUCCUGGGAUUGGGUGCCUUUGGAUUUCAGCUGAAAGAAGUGCCAGCUGGGAAGCAUAUAAUCACCACUACACGAUCACACAGCAGCAAGCUAGUAAACGACUGCAUUAGUGCAAUGAACCCUGACAGCGUGGUAAGAGUUGGAGGUGCAGGAAAUAAGAUCAUUCAACUUGUAGAAGGCAAGGCUUCUGCUUAUGUAUUUGCCAGCCCUGGGUGCAAGAAGUGGGAUACAUGUGCACCAGAGGCUAUAUUGCAUGCAGUAGGAGGCAAGCUUACUGAUAUUCAUGGAAAUUUCUUCCACUAUAACAAAGAGGUCAAGCACAUGAAUUCAGGGGGUGUCCUUGCUGCCUUGAAAAACCAUAACUAUUAUGCCUCUCGAGUUCCUGAUACAGUUAAGCAGGCCCUUGUACCCUAAAAUACAACAGAUGGUUUAUUCCACUAGACAAAGAAAAAUCUUUGACAUACCAUAUUUUUCUUAACUGAAACUGGUAAUCAUUUAUGGAACUGAAUCAAUGUUGUGCCACAAUGUUUCUAUUGUGAUUUGUUAAAAAUUGGUAUCAAUCGUUUAUUUGUUAAGGUGAGAAUUAAAUUUAGUUUUCGAUUGGAAUAGAAGAAUAAUUGAACUAAUAGAAAUUCUUAUAGAAUUAAUCUUCUGCUCCCAUUGUAAACCAAAAUUUAGGAAGGUCUUUUUAAAAUGUUGUCCUUCCUCAUUAGUAUAUUUAUUAUUAUGUUAUGUACAUUCCAGCAGAAUAAUUGAACCAUGCCAAUAUAACUUUUGGGAAGCAUAAAACCUGUAGUUUAACUGUUAUUACGUUUAACAGUACAUAAUGUUUAAGGGGGCAUCAUGCAAUGACUAGUGUGAGAGUGGGAUUCUGCGACUGAUGCCACUGUAUGUGUGUAUGCAUCUAGAGGAUGUAACAGAUGUUGGCUGCAGUGCCACCAGAACAGCCCUAUCCUCACAUGAUGCCUCUUUCACCUGAUAACUAUAUAUAGGCAUUUAUAGAAGGAAUAUAUAAAUUUCAGAUUCUAAGCACUGAAAACACACAAUUUCCAGACAGGUAGUUGUGUUGAUCUGUUCCUACCUAACAAGAAAGCAUCUUACAGCACCUUAAAGACUAACAAAUUUUAUCUGACAGAAACUUUCACGGACAGCACCUCACUUCAAUGGAUGGAUGGGCUGCCUCAUGCCAAAGCAAACGUUUUAGUCUUUAAAGUGCCGCAAGAUGCCUUGUCUCUGUAAAUCUGAACUGAAUAAAAUGCAACUGAUGAUUGUAUAAUUCCUGGUUCUUAGUGUUAUAAACUUGCUACAAGAGCUCUUUGGUCAAGAAUACAGUAUGUUGUUAUGGUCUGAUAAAGGCUCCGUGCUGCACUGAGAAGUAGUGAUGGUCUAAGUGUAACCUAACAUCCCCAUCUUGUAAUUUCCUUACUCAUGUGAAUGAGUUAAAAACAAGAUGAGGAUGUAUGUAAUACUUUGCUUGAAAGGAGACUUCCUGUUUAAAUCACUUAACUGUUAGAUCCACAUCACAAAACUAUGGUCUGAUCCUGGUUUGUCAUUCUGGUUGUUAGCCCUUAUUUUAAGCCAUAUUCUUUGAAUCAAACAUGCAUGUGAAAACACUGGUUUGGGGUGAAAUCUGUCAAGUUGGUCAUUUAAGAGGAGAGUGUCCCAGCAUGUCAUUUACUGUUGUGCCAACAUACAUACUACUAUUAAAACAGGUCACUUUGCCAGUCCGCACUGGGAUUCUUUGCAUGAUAUGUCACAAUGGAACACUUCCUAUAAGAUCGUCUUAUAAGACUGUAAUGUCAUAUUGAAAUUAUGUACGUCUUCCUUUGUUCUAAAACAGAUCUCUUAUAAUAAAACACAACAAGCAAAAUGCCUCUCAA